CUUCUCCCCCUCCCCGCGUCCCGCUCCGUUCGAUUGAGCCCCUCUCCACCCUCCGCCCCCCGGCCGUCUAUGCUCCCGGCCCUCCCCGCGCGGUGCCGGUGAACCCGCGGGCCGCCCCGAUGUACAGCAUGAUGAUGGAGACCGACCUGCACUCGCCUGGCGGCGCCCAGGCCCCCACGAACCUGUCGGGCCCGGCCGGGGCGGGCGGCGGUGGGGGUGGCGGUGGCGGCGGCGGCGGCGGCGGCGGGGUCGCCAAGGCCAACCAGGACCGGGUCAAGCGGCCCAUGAACGCCUUCAUGGUGUGGUCCCGCGGGCAGCGGCGCAAGAUGGCCCAGGAGAACCCCAAGAUGCACAACUCGGAGAUCAGCAAGCGCCUGGGCGCCGAGUGGAAGGUCAUGUCCGAGGCCGAGAAGCGGCCGUUCAUCGACGAGGCCAAGCGGCUGCGCGCGCUGCACAUGAAGGAGCACCCGGAUUACAAGUACCGGCCGCGCCGCAAGACCAAGACGCUGCUUAAGAAGGACAAGUACUCGCUGGCCGGCGGGCUGCUGGCGGCCGGCGCGGGCGGCGGCGGCGCGGCGGUGGCCAUGGGCGUGGGCGUGGGCGUGGGCGCGGCGGCCGUGGGCCAGCGCCUGGAGAGCCCGGGCGGCGCGGCGGGCGGCGGCUACGCGCACGUCAACGGCUGGGCCAACGGCGCCUACCCCGGCUCGGUGGCGGCGGCGGCGGCGGCCGCGGCCAUGAUGCAGGAGGCACAGCUGGCCUACGGGCAGCACCCGGGCGCGGGCGGCGCGCACCCGCACGCCCACCCGGCGCACCCGCACCCGCACCACCCGCACGCGCACCCGCACAACCCGCAGCCCAUGCACCGCUACGACAUGGGCGCGCUGCAGUACAGCCCCAUCUCUAACUCGCAGGGCUACAUGAGCGCCUCGCCCUCGGGCUACGGCGGCCUCCCCUACGGCGCCGCGGCCGCCGCCGCCGCCGCCGCGGGCGGCGCGCACCAGAACUCGGCCGUGGCGGCGGCGGCAGCGGCGGCGGCCGCGUCGUCGGGCGCCCUGGGCGCGCUGGGCUCGCUCGUCAAGUCCGAGCCGAGCGGCAGCCCGCCCGCCCCCGCGCACUCGCGGGCGCCGUGCCCCGGGGACCUGCGCGAGAUGAUCAGCAUGUACUUGCCCGCCGGCGAGGGCGGAGACCCGGCGGCGGCCGCGGCGGCCGCGGCGCAGAGCAGGCUGCACUCGCUGCCGCAGCACUACCAGGGCGCGGGCGCGGGCGUCAACGGCACGGUGCCCCUGACGCACAUUUAGGGACGCGGGGACUCUGCGGCCCGCGCCCACGACGCGCGACGAGGGAGCGCGCGGCCCGCCCCGGGCGGCCUUGCUUUUGUACAGACGUUUCCACGUUCUUGUAAAGAGGAAGGCACUGGCGACGAGCGCGGGCGACCCGCGGCCCCCACCUCCCCUUUGCGGGAGCUCCUGGGGACCCGCCAGGCGCAGACACCGCCGUGCGGUCUAGGCCGACUUCGGGGCUUUCUUGAGACUUUUUGUACAGUAUUUAUCACUCACGGAGGAGGCGGAAAGCGUUUUCUUUGCGCGAGGGGACAAAGGCCAAACCAAGCGAGAGGCGACUCCCAACUUUUCUAUCCCGGCCGGCGCGCCCUCUCACCCUGCACCGCUUCCCGGCGCCGUUUGGUCGCCCGAGACCCGAGGCUCGGUGCCGGGAGCUGUGCUCGUUCGUUAUUGAUGUAGUGAGGCAGAUCCAGACACUUAACGACUUUUUUGUAGUUGUUACCGCUUUUUUUUCCCUUUUUUUCUUUUUUUCUUUUUGGUUGGUUUGUUAAUUUAUACACAGAUCUCCCCAGUGCUUUCGGGUGGCCGCGUUAUAUUCUGGGUUUUGUAAAACUUUCUGUAUCUGAGCAUUUCCAUUUUUUUUUUGUUUUGUAUUAUUUCUUGUAAAUGCAUUGUGAAAUUUUUAUUUUCGGCGUUGCGGUGUGGGGAGGGGGAUUCAGAUUAUGUACAUAAUUUCCUAAAAAGCCUUUCUUCUAAAAACGAAAAAAGACCUCUCCUUAAAACAAAAAAUGCAUCGAGUUUUGAGUCAAUAAAUUUGAGAGAGAGAGAGGGAGAAAAAAGCCCAGUUUUCCCCUGUAAUUGGAACGUGCUAAUUUUAUAUGCAUGUUUCGUGACUUUAAAAUACAAUCAGUAAAUCAGAAGAAGGAGAAAGAGGCGUUAUCAGCAUAAACUAAAAGUGAGAGACUCCCCGGGGGGUGUGGGGGGUGGGGGGAGAUACGAUCUUCACGGAGCUCCCUUCAGUGGAAGGGAAGAAACUUAAAAUCGAUAGAUGGUUUUGUAGCAUUUACAGUGUUAAUACGGAUCAAGAAAUAAUGACCAGGUUUCUAGUCUGGCCCUUUGGUGUGUUGUUUCUAACCGCGGGCCCACAUGGCUGCUUCUGCGUCCCCGCCGCCUAGGAUCUCUGCCGAAGUUUGGUCUGCAGGACGAAGGAGACCCCGAUGGUGGCACCAGGCCCCGGACGGAUGACCUCCGUGGGGUCACGGAGGCCUCCAAUUGCCCCGCAAGUAACAAGAUUGCAAAUGGAAUUUAUCUGAAUUUGUCUCAAGGGAACACACUUGGAACCAAAAUGUAGUGCAACCGAGCCCCCUCCGUCCCUCCUCAGCCCCUCCCUCUGGCUUCUUUCUCCUUGGGAAAGGGCAAACCGAUCAAGAAUUCUCUCUCUCUUUCUCUCCCCCCCCUCCCAACAUAAAUACACAGCACACUCACUCCGUACACUCACUCCACCACCCCCCUACCCGCAGAGUGAACUGGGAUACACAAAAUGUGGUGUUUGUUAUUCCUAACGAGAUCGGAGGGUGUUUGAUGCUUUAAAUUUUUUAAUUAUAUUUUUUCUAGGUGUUUAUGGGUACACUGCAGUUUUUUCUGGAAUUUCAAGUUUUCUGUAAAACUUUGUCUUCAAGUAACCUGACAGCAUUAAAUACUGCAUUUAAAAGUUAUACUGUAGCAAAUACGUUUUGAAAUUAGUCACAACAUAAAGAUGAAGUUACAUUCUGGGGGAGAAAAAAAAGCCUUGAGGCCACAUCAAAACACGUUGAUUUCAUCAGCUUUAGGCCUCCUCCUUCAUUUUCUUUUCUUGUCCUGGAAUGAGCAGAGAUCAUCUCUCCAAAAAUGGGCCUGUGCUCCUAGGUUAAUGAGAACCUCAUUCAGCCUGCGUUGGAGAAUAGCUUUAAGUAAAAUGCUAAACUGGCAAUUGACAUGUGUCUUUUUUGGAGUCAUUUUGAUAAUUUGGCUUAAACCAUGCAUUUUUUAAAGUGACCGCAAAAAUUUCAGGAACGAUGUCCACUGCUUCUUUCUAACAGAUAAUAAAGUCCCCUCUUUUUUUCUCUUUUCUUUUA